AUGGCAUCGAACAAUACAGAGAAACAAAAAUUCACAUUUCAUCACCCCGAACUCGGCCCUCUAACUGGCCUUGUUCAACCAGACAACGUCGUCCAAUUCCGCGCCGUACCAUACGCUUCGAUACCCGCCCGUUUUAAGAGAUCGAUUCUUCUAGAGAGCCUUUUACAAGGCGAGAACAAUCACACGGAGUAUGGCCAUUUCCACAAGCAACAGCGAAGAGAAGAAGAGUCUACCGGUGCUAGUCUACAUCCACGGCGGCGGCUUCGUCCUCGGCAAAAUCGACGCCCAGCACUCCACCGCCCUGAUGGUUCAACAAUCGAUCAGCAAUGGCCAACCCAUCGUCUCCGCAUCCAUCCAGUACCGCCUCGGCGCUUUAGCUAUCUGCACACUUCCUCAGCAGACUCGAACUUGGCGCUGAACGACCAGCGCAACGCACUCCUCUGGAUCCAAAGAUUCAUUUCUGGAUUCGGAGGUGAUGAGAAGAGAGUGACGGUGUUCGGCGAGAGCGCGGGGAGUAUAAGUAUCUGUUAUCAUAUGUUAAAGGAGCCGCCUUCUUCGGGCCCGCUGUUUGACAGGGCGGUGCUGAUGAGUGGGAUAAUUGGGCCGAGUACUGCGCCGUGUGAGGUUGGGGAUGCGGAGAAGCGGUAUGAUGCUUUUCUUACGAGAUUGGGGAUCGAGAAGAGAGGGGAUGAGGGGUUGAGGAAGCUGAGGGAGGUGGAUGUUGAGAGGGUUGUUGCUGCGUCUGCGGAGAUGGGGGAUGAGGGGGGGAUGUGGUUGGCUGUGAGGGAUAAGGAGUGGUUUGAUGGGGAUAAGGAGAGGGUGACAUGGGACCGCAUUCCAGAGUUAAUAGGGGAAUGCAAGUGGGUCAACGAUAUCAUCUUAGGGUGCACGAGUUUCGAGGGAACGACGUUUGCGAGUCGCUACGCGGACGUCAAGCCUGAUGCGUUCCUCUCGAGCAUCAAAGACCAGCUUGGUGAAGAGAGCGCGCAGAUCGUCGCCAAAGCGUACAACAUCACAUCCACCAUGGAUCAAAAUCUCUUCCUCACUUCGCUGCUUCGCUGGGUUGGCGACGCAAUCUUCGAUGCCCCGAACCACAUGCUCGCCACCCACCUCUCCACCGUGAGCGUAGCGAGCAGAGUAGUAGCGAGCGGAGCAAGUGAAGGCAAGAAAGCCAAGAACGUGUACAGAUACAUCUUCAACGUCCGCAACCCCUUCCCCAACAACGUUCUCUACCAGCAACCGCACCACUGGGUGGAUAUAUACUUCAUCUUCAAAGCGCACCAAUUCCGGUUCCCCUCUGAACGCCUUAAAUCCAUAUCAACAAAACAUGCACAGCUGUGGAUUGAUUUUGCUAACGGCAAGAAGCCGUGGGCGGAGUAUGUGUCCAGCGGGAAAGGGGAUGAGGUGGCUAUGUUGGCGGAUGAGAGGGAGGGGUGGGUUGAGAAGAGCGUGAAUGAGGUUGAGGGGGAGUUGGAGUGGGGGUAUGGGAGGUGUGAAGAGCUUGUGAGGAGUUGGGAGGGGAAGAAGGGAGGGGAGUGGGCGCCGUUGGAUUUGAAGUGUUUGAAGGGCGUGAAGAAGACCUGA